AUCAGUGAAUACAUCGCUUAUGUAGACAUCGCGUUAAUACAAUCAUUACAACGUCUUGUCGUGUCUAUUCAUAUAUAUGUAUGAUUCUGAGCGAAGAAUGAAAUAUUAUCGAUAAGAGAUUGGAUUUUCACAGAGUGAUUGAUUUAAAUACUUUGAAAUUCAAUUUUUUCGAAUAGAAUCAAUCGUCAUAAGUUUUCUUUUUUCUGGUAAAAUCACAUAUGUACAUACAUACAUUCACUUUGUUUUACGUCACCGAGAUUGUAUGGCCAACGCGAGAAUCACAUUGAUAAGCGUAUCAGUUAAGUGAAAAUAUUCUGUGUUAAAGUUCUCUCUACUGCAUUGCAGUGAAAACAGAUCUACGUAUGUUCUAACGCUUAUUCCUACACUCACGAUAUAUUCUGCACUGAAUGUACUAAAUCAACAAAUAAGUGCUCCGACAUUGCAGUGUGUAUUGUACUUGUUCACACAAGUGCGACACAAGUGACUACUUUUUUAGAAAGAUGCUUCCUCUGUUUAACUCAAUUUCACGAUAUAUUAUGUUCAGAACUGUAAAUUGUCACAGCUAUUUACGAUGUUUUUCUAUAUUACACACUAAUUUUGAAGGACGAUGUCAGCAUCGCAAGUCUAACAUUCAAACGAGAGCUAAUCUUUCACAAGCAAUCAAAGUUGCUCAUAUGUAUAAUCCCGGCGAAUUUCCAUUGUCGGACAAAACCGUCGGGCAAACACUCGGCGAAGCUGUUGCAACGUGGCCCGAACAAACUUGCAUCGUUUCGAUCCAUCAAAAUAUUCGAUUAACGUUCUCCGACCUUCUUCGACGGGUUGACGCUUUCGCUGCGGGCCUCAAGAAAUUAGGAAUGAAGAAGGGCGAUCGGCUGGGCAUUUGGGGUCCGAAUGAUCUCGAAUGGUUCAUAACUUCCCUGAGUGCAUCGAGGGCGGGAUUAAUCGUUGUCGCGAUUAAUCCGGCUUAUCAACAGAAUGAAUUAGUUUAUUCUUUGCAAAAGGUUGGCGUAAAAGCGAUUGUCUCACCGGACGUGUUCAAAGUGCAAAAUUAUCCGAAGAUGUUGUUGACCGCCAAAGAAGUCUGUCCCACUUUGGAGCACAUUAUCAUUUAUUCGUCUAAUCAUAUAACCGGUACUCAUCGUUUCGCUGAUGUUGAAGCUUCGGCGACGAAAGCGGAAGUAGAUGCGAUCGCUGCGGAACAAGCUGAGAUAUCUUGCAACGAUGGAUGCAAUAUACAGUUUACAUCCGGUUCCACCGGCAAGUCCAAAGCCACCCUCCUCUCGCAUAGGUCUAUUGUAAAUAACAGCAAAGAGAAUGCCCGCAGAGCAAAAUUCAGUACCGAAAACAAAAUAUGUUUAAAUGUACCAUUCUUCCAUGCUUUCGGGUUAACAAUGGCCAAUAUACUCAUCUUGCACACUGGAAGCACUCUCGUUAUAGAAGAACGUUCUUUUAAUCCGAUAAAAUCGUUGAAGGCGAUAGCGCAAGAAAAGUGUGCCGUAACAUAUGGAACGCCAACUAUGUGGGUGAACUUACUCGAGGCACAACAACGGUUGCAACUUCCGGUGGACAGUCUUCAAGCAGGGAUUAUCGGUGGUGCACCUGCACCUUCUGAACUCUUCAAACGAAUACGAGAUUUAUUAGGUUUUAAUGAUUUAAUGAGCAUAUAUGGUCUCACAGAAACAACAGCUGCAGCAUUUCAAUCAAUACGUGGAGAGGAUAAGUACUUAUCUGAGACCACCGUGGGUUAUUUAGGAGAUCAUGUUGAAGCAAUGGUUGUCGAUCUAAAUGGUUUGCCUGUUGCCUUCGGAAAACCUGGCGAACUUUGGGUACGCGGAUACUGCAACAUGUUAAAUUAUUGGAACGACGAAGAAAAUACAAGCAAGACAUUGACACAGGAUGGUUGGUUGAAAACUGGCGAUCAAUUCAUCUUGCAAGAAAACGGAUAUGGUCACAUAAUCGGAAGAUUAAAAGACAUGCUUAUUCGAGGAGGAGAAAAUAUUUUCCCUAAGGAAAUUGAAGAUUUUUUAGUGACUCAUCCUAAAAUAGUGCAAGCACAAGUUAUAGGAGCAUAUGACGAAGUAUACGGAGAAGAAGUAUGUGCGUGCAUUCAACUUAGCGACAAUGCGAAAAUGACAAAGAACGAACUGAUAGAUUAUUGUAAAGGUAAAAUAGCACAUUUCAAAAUACCGCGUUAUGUGCAUUUUGUAGAUGACUAUCCAAAAACCACUAGUGGAAAAAUUCAGAAGUUCCGUUUAAAAGAACAAUUGGAGAACAGUGGCGUGAUACCAACGAGACAAAAAAAUUUGUGAUAAUAAUUGAUUUUAACGAA